AUGUGGGAACUCCGAUCCAUAGCUUUCUCCCGAGCGGUGCUGGCCGAGUUCCUGGCCACGCUCCUUUUCGUCUUCUUUGGCCUUGGCUCAGCCCUCCAGUGGGCCAGCUCCCCACCCUCUGUGCUCCAGAUCGCUGUGGCCUUCGGUCUGGGCAUCGGCACCCUGGUUCAGGCUCUGGGCCACGUCAGCGGGGCCCACAUCAACCCGGCCGUGACUGUGGCGUGCCUGGUGGGUUGCCAUGUCUCCUUCCUUCGAGCUGCCUUCUACGUGGCUGCCCAGCUGCUGGGGGCUGUGGCCGGGGCUGCCAUCCUCCACGAGAUCACUCCAGCGGAGAUCCGCGGGGACCUGGCCGUCAAUGCUCUCCACAACAACGCCACAGCCGGCCAGGCGGUGACUGUGGAGCUCUUCCUGACCAUGCAGCUGGUGCUGUGUAUCCUCGCCUCCACCGACGAGCGCCGCGGGGGCGACAACCUGGGCAGCCCUGCUCUCUCCAUUGGUUUCUCUGUUACCCUGGGCCACCUCCUUGGGAUCUAUUUCACAGGCUGCUCCAUGAAUCCAGCCCGAUCCCUGGCUCCAGCAGUUGUCACUGGCAAGUUUGAUGAUCACUGGGUCUUCUGGAUCGGACCCCUGGUGGGCGCCAUCAUCGGCUCUCUCCUCUACAACUACCUGCUGUUCCCCUCGGCAAAGAGCCUGCAGGAGCGCCUGGCAGUGCUCAAGGGCCUGGAGCCCGACACCGACUGGGAGGAACGCGAAGUGCGGCGGCGGCAGUCGGUGGAGCUCCACUCUCCGCAGAGCCUGCCGCGCGGCAGCAAGGCCUGA